CUCUGCUGCCAUCUAGCGGUUGAAUAUUAAACUGCACAUAUAGUGAAGGAGCUUGGACCUGCUUUGUGUCACCGGUUGCUUUCUCCUGCUUGUCCAAACACCUAGCGUGUUAUCAACUGAAGAGGUGCUUCCUCAGCUGCUUUGGUAGACAUGGCGUCGAUUAAAGAAAGAGCUGCGGCGUUACACCUUGCAGAAAAAUUAUGUGUGCGCCCUCAAGCUCAUGGAGUGACCAGUAAACCAGUCCAGUCUUCCUCCAUGUGGAGUGGCCUCAUCUCCCACCUCAGGUCCUCUGUGACAGUGAAGCGUCGACGAGUCCACCUCAAGUCUCAUGGCGACUGUUUCCUCGGCUCAGAGGCUGUUGAUGUGGUGGCAGAACACAUUAGCUGUGUUUUUGAAGGUGCAGAUGUGUCACGGGACAAAGUGGUGUGUGUGUGCCAGGCUCUGUUGGACUGUAAUGUGUUUGAGGCAGUGGGCACCAAAGUGUUUGGCAAAGACAAAAAGCAGGAUCUGUUUCAAGACAGCAAGAGUGCUCUCUACAGGUUUGUGGGUGAGAGUUUUCCCUCAGUUGACAAGUUAGAAAGAGGUGUGCUUGUGAAAGGGAUCCAAACACUGUUCUGCAGUGCUCCUUCAGACAGGCAGGAGGAGCAGACGUGUCCCACUGGCUCACAUGUUCAGACGUCCAGCCCUGUCAGAUGUACUCAGACAAGCAUAGAAUCCAACCAACUGGACACUCCUGCCGCUGCCAGUCUGUCACUGGAGCCUCUGGUGAGCAGUGUGAGUCCCAGCAGAAUGCAGACUCACACUGUUUUACCGCAAUCACUGGUAGAUGAGGUAUGGCAGGAGCAGACUCUGCUCAGGCUGUUAAACCUGGUGGAGCUCCCCCUGCUGGAAGGGGUCCUUCAGUGCAGUCAGACCCCAUCCUCUCCUCCUCCAUUAAACCCACUGGCUCACAGUAACCCAGACCUGAUAUACAGCAGCAACCACCUGGACAGGAAGAUCCUCAAGGCCUUCAGGGACUCUCAGGAGGAUGCGUGGCUCUGUGCAGCUCUGGACUGUCUGGACUUCCUCCCUGAUCAGCCAGUGGUGGCACUGAGCAGGGAGCUGCCUUUCCCACAAGAUCAGGACAGCUGUCAGCAAGUGCCAGCUGGUGGCAGGUCACAAGAUGGAGACAACAACAGUGAUGAGCAGCCUGGUCUCUCCAACAGUGGUUUGGCCCAGUGUAAGAUACUGCUGUACAGGACCCUGGUUAAACACUACAGCCACACAGACAGACCUCCACUGCUGCCCCACCACAUGACUGACAUCUACACAGCCAUCACCGACCUGCUGGACAUUUGUAUACCAGGGGCUCUGCACAAAGGAGUGAGUGACAAGCUGGCCAGCCUUGCACACGAGAAGCAGCCUGAUGUGACUGGCUCUACGUUCUGUCAGCAGGUCCCCAGCAGGACUUUUGCUGACUCUACAAAGAAGACCACCAACCAGGAACUGUGGGCUCUGCUAAGGAGCAUCCACCUGGACACCAAGGUCUCUGCUAAGGAGAGAAAACGCCUCCUCAGGCAGUUUUAUCAAGCCCAUCCAGAGAUAUUCAACCAGUACUUUGGUGAAUCUGCUGUUAAUGUGCUGUAGGUGUGUGAGCUAACUCACUUAAAAUACAUAUUUGUGAUGAACAUUAAAUCUUAGUGGAGGUUGUAUAGAUUCCGCCAGCAUGUGAUUGCCCUUGUAUGUGUGUAUUUGCUUUUAUAUUGUGCAAAAUAAAUAAACUUAACAUAUUCUUGACCAUGUUUUUUUUCUUGA